UGUUCUUCCUCUAAUUUCUUCGCCGUCAAGUGGGAGAGAGACCGUGCUGCUGAUGGGCGAUUUCGAUAGGAAGCAGCUGCCGUAUUCCUUGUCUAGGGUUACGAUUUCAUGCCUCUUUGCUGUUCCUCAUCAUACUUCUCCAUGGCGCCGUCGCCGCCGACUCCACUAAGGUCACUAAUCGCGGCUCGCCGUCUUCAAAUCUUUAUCGAUCUCUUCCAUACUCGAUCAUGCUGCACUUCUUCCUCUAAUUUGUACGCCGACAAGUGAAAGAGGGUACCGCGCUGCUGAUGGGCGACGAAUCCUGCGCCUAUUUCGAUAGGAAGCAGCUGCCACAUUCCUUGUCUAGGGUUACGAUUUCGCCUCAAAUCUGUAGGAUGCCUCUUUGCUGUUCCUCAUCAUACUUCUCCAUGGCACCGUCGCCGCCGCCGCCGCCGCCGCCGCCGCCGCCGCCGACUCCACUAAGGUCACUGAUCGCGGCUCGCCAUCUACCAAUCCAUAUCGAUUUUCUCCAUACCUGAAUCAUGCUGCUCUUCUUCCUCUAAUUUCUACGCCGACAAGUGGAAGAUUGAACUGCGCUGCUUUUGGGCGAUGAAUCCUGCGGCUAUUUCGAUAGGUGUCGAGAUCGCCGGAGGCGAUCGGAGGUUGGUGACGGCGCUUUUUGAGGCGGUGAAAUCGAGGCAAGCCGGAGAGAUGAUCUUCGAAGUGUCGAAGAUGUCGCCGUCUCCGGCGAUCUUAGUAAUUAAUUAAGAAAUAAAUUUUGAUUUUGCUUUGGGUCUCAAAUUAAAAUUUUAAUUAAUAUUAAUUUUUGGAAAAAUAUUCAAAUAAGUAGGGGUGUCAAUUAGUUGGAUCUAAUUUAAAUAUCUUACUCGUAAAAGGGGAUAUUUGAGAUUAGGGAUCUUUACUUUUAUUUUAAUAUUCUAUCAUUAUCCUAUAUUAAUAUUUAUUUUAAUUUUUAAAAUAGAAUUUAAUUUAAGGCUAAAUAACUUUAAACCCCUUAUGUUUUCCUUCCAAAAAUAGUUUGUCCCCCUAUAUUUAAAAAAUGACACUUAGCCCCUUUAUGUUUUAAAGAAAAAAAGAUAAAAAAUAAUAAAUGACAAAAAUAACUCUUUGCUAUUUAAAUGUUAAAUUAUAACUAAAUAACUGUAUCAGAGGAGACAUCGCAAGGGAACGAACGGCAAUGGAGUAUUUGAGGAGACGAGAAUGCGAGUACGAUAUCGAAAGCCGUUUGGACUUCUACAGGGAAGGAGAGAAUUCUGAACCAGCUGUAACAGGAGUCCUAAUAUUUCUAUCAACCAUGAACAAAGUGGCCAACAAGUAUUACUUGGGACCUGCUCCCUUGGUUGAAAUGGCAAGCCAAAUAGCUACAGCCAAUGGUCCAAGUGGAAACAACAGAGAUUAUCUCUUCAAGCUGGAGAAAGAAAUGGCAAAUAUAGGGCAUGAAGAUGAUUAUGUUGUUGAGCUAGCAAAUGAAGUGAGGAACGUUCUUGAUAGUAUGAAGCAACAGAAAUCACCGAAUGUUCCUUUGCCUCUUCGAUCGCAUGCAUCAUUUCUUCCCAUCGAAUCGCGCUCGGAAAACCCUCUCAUUGUGGAUUCAUCAUGAUGUUUAUCUUGAACAUGAAACUCAUGUAUUGUUUAACAAUCGACUAAUGUUUCUCGUUUACCAUUCUAUUCACACGAAGGAAUUAGAGAUUGAUUGCGAUUGAUCAGCUGUAUUACUAAUUGAAUUAUUAAUGGUAUGAAACAAAAAUUGAGCUUUGAUUCGGCAAAAA